AUGCAUAUUGAUUGUUUGCAAGCAUACGGUGAUUCACAGUUAGUUGUCAGACAGUUGAAUGGCCAAUACGCCGUCAGAAAUGCUACUCUCGUCCCAUACCAUGAAAGGGCAAAAUAUCUCAUGUCACAGUUUCAAGACAUUCAUGUCAGUCACAUCCCGAGGUCAGAAAAUGAUAAAGCUGAUGCGCUAGCUAAUUUGGCUGCAUCGCUAACGCUACCUAAUGAAAGAGAUAUCCAAAUCACUGUUGGGGAACGUCAUUUACUACCCCCAGCUAUAGAAAGAAUUGAAGAAGUUGUUGAUUCAAACGUCAUUACAACUUCCGAACAUGAGGAAGAACAAGAUGAUCUCGAUUGGCGUCAUCCCAUAAUCAAGUAUCUCCAACAUGGCAAAUUGCCAAAUGACUCGAGGAAAAAGGCUGAAGUUCAACGCAGAGCCAUCCGGUUUUUGUAUUUAAACGACACAUUGUACAAAAGAUCAUUUGAUGGUAUGUUGUUAAGGUGUUUGUCGAAACAAGACGCAACUAAAGCCCUUCAUGAUACUCAUGCUGGUACUUGCGGUGCUCAUCAAGCUGGUCCAAAACUCUCAAACCAACUGAAAAGAUUGGCUUGGGGAUUGAAUGUUAUUGGCAUGAUAAAGCCUAAGUCAUCACGCCAACAUCAGUACAUCUUGGCCGCGACCGAUUACUUCUCUAAAUGGGCUGAAGCAAUUCCUUUAAAGGAAGUACGAGCAGACGAUGUUACAAACUUCAUAAGGAAUCAUAUCAUCUACUGUUAUGGGGUUCCAUCGAAGAUAAUAUCCGACAAUGCAUUGUAUUUCAAGUACAAGUCCAUGACCAAGUUGUGCGAGAAGUACAGGUUUCAACACUCGUUUUCCGCGAGUUACAAUCCGUCGUCAAACGGUCAAGCUGAAGCUUUCAAUAAGGUACUGUGCAACAUCCUAAAGAAUACGGUCUCAGGAAAUAAAAGAGACUGGCAUGAGCGUCUCCCUAAAGCAUUAUGGGCUUAUAGGACGACCAUACGCAAUUCAACAUGA